GUGUGCUGUCAAUCUUCUUUUUGCUCUAGAUUAGCCAUAUUCAAUCAUAGGUUUACUAACACGCCCCUCUCUCUGUCAUUCUCUCUGCCUCUAUCCCCCGCACAUAUUUCCUAGUCUUGACCCUGACAUUGUUUGUACAGUAUUUUAUUUUUUAAGUGUAAUUUUUACAUAAUUGCGCACAGAUGGAGGACUAUCACAAACCCGACCAGCAGACUCUGCAGGCACUUCGGAACGUAGCCAACCGGCUCAGGAUCAACUCUAUAAAGGCUACAACUGCUGCAGGCAGCGGACACCCCACAUCAUGCUGCAGUGUGGCAGAGAUCAUGUCUGUGCUCUUCUUCAACACCAUGAAGUACCGCCCUGAGGACCCCCGCAACAUCAACAAUGACCGCUUCGUCCUCUCCAAGGGUCAUGCGGCCCCGGUGCUGUAUGCAGUGUGGGCUGAGGCAGGCUACCUGAAGGACAGCGAGCUGCUCAACCUCCGUAAGGUCGACUCCAUCCUGGAGGGACAUCCUGUGCCGAAGCAGCAGUUUGUGGAUGUGGCCACCGGCUCUCUUGGACAGGGUCUGGGUGCUGCCUGUGGGAUGGCCUACACUGGGAAAUACUUUGACAAGGCCAGCUACAAUGUGUACUGCCUGCUGGGUGAUGGGGAGAUGUCUGAGGGCUCUGUGUGGGAGGCCAUGUCCUUCGCCUCUUACUACCAGCUGGACAACCUAGUGGCCAUCCUGGACAUCAACCGUCUGGGUCAGAGUGACCCAGCUCCCCUGCAGCACCAUGUGGAGAAGUACCAGAAACGCUGCGAGGCCUUUGGGUGGAAUGCCAUCAUUGUGGACGGGCACAGUGUGGAGGAGCUGACCAAGGUUCUGAGCCAACCCCGUCACCAGCCCACCGCCAUCAUUGCCAAAACCAUCAAGGGCAAGGGAAUCUCAGCUGCAGAGGACAAGAUGGGCUGGCAUGGGAAGCCCCUGCCCAAGGAGAUGGCUGAGGGGGUGAUGAAGGACAUCCAGGCGCGCAUCAUGAACACCACCAAGCGCCUGUACCCCGCAACGCCCACCGAGGACUCACCGCCAAUCAGCCUGCGCAACGUCCGCAUGCCCAAUGCACCCAACUACAAACUCGGAGAGAAGAUUGCCACGCGGAAGGCCUAUGGCAUGGCUCUUGCUAAGCUGGGCCGCUACAAUGAGCAUGUGGUGGCUCUGGAUGGAGACACCAAGAACUCCACCUUCUCUGAGCUCUUUAAGAACGAGCACCCCGAACGCUACGUUGAGUGCUAUAUCGCUGAGCAGAACAUGGUGAGCAUUGCGGUGGGCUGCGCCACGCGGGAUCGUAACGUGGUGUUUGCCAGCACCUUCGCCACCUUCUUCACACGUGCCUACGACCAGCUCCGCAUGGCUGCCAUCUCUGAGAGCAACAUCAAUCUGUGUGGCUCCCACUGUGGCGUGUCCAUCGGAGAGGAUGGACCUUCUCAGAUGGGCCUUGAAGACAUUGCCAUGUUCAGAGCCAUUCCCACGGCAACUGUUUUCUACCCUAGCGACGGUGUCUCCACUGAGAAAGCUGUGGAGCUGGCUGCCAACACAAAGGGUGUGUGUUUCAUCAGAACCAGUCGCCCAGAGAACACUGUUCUUUACAACAGCAACGAAGACUUCCAUGUGGGACAGGCGAAGGUUGUGUACAAGACCAACGAUGAUCAUGUGACAGUGAUCGGAGCAGGCGUGACCCUACAUGAGGCACUGGCAGCUGCUGAAAUGCUAAAGAAAGAGAGGAUCAACAUUCGAGUGAUUGAUCCUUUCACCAUCAAGCCUCUGGACUCCAAGACCAUCAUCGAGCAUGCCAAGGCCACCAGGGGCCGCAUAGUCACAGUAGAGGACCACUACUACGAGGGUGGCCUGGGGGAGGCGGUGUGUUCUGCCGUGGUGAAUGAGACCGGCUUCAACGUGCACCGUAUGGCCGUGGCCCACGUCCCCCGCAGCGGCAAACCCACUGAGCUCCUCAAGAUCUUCGGCAUCGACCGUGACGCCAUUGCGCAGGCUGUCCGCAAGAUGCUCAGCAGCUCCGCCAACGCCAAAUAGACCACUACCAGCGCCACUGCAACAUGCCGUUGUCAUGGAAAUGUCAACCCGAAAACACUUCUGGCAACACCUGCUCUCCGAGAAUAAGAAUCAAAGGAUUCUAAAAAAGCAAAUAUGGUAUUUCUGUUAACUGUCAUUGAUGUGGUUUUGACCCUUCACCCAUUGAGUUGGCCCCUUGUAAGUUCAGUACUCCACUCCCCCACAAUAGACCCCAUCCUAGAGAAAGUAAUGAGAACUGCUAUAGUCUGAGUGAGGUGAAUGUUUUUUUGAAGAAAAAAAAUGUCUGAUUCUCUCACAUUUUGAUGCGACACACCCUGUACCCCGCGUGAGCGAGUGUGUGAGUGGACAUGGGUCUGGCGUAGAGCACUGUUUUUAACCCCUCAUCCUGACUGGGACUUCACACCAAUAAAGGAAUGGUUUCUUCACACCC